CGGACCUGGAGGCGGGGACGGGAUUUCCUGGCGAAGAGGAAGAGGGGUGAGGCUGGCGCGGGCCGGCGGUGGUAGCGGUGCCGGGGCUGCCGUUGCUAUGGCCGCUGCCGCCACUGCCACGUCUCCAGCUGAUAAGGAGAGAUAUAUCUGCAUUUAUCCAGCGUAUUUGAACAACAAGAAGACAAUAGCAGAAGGAAGAAGGAUACCUAUAGACAAAGCUGUUGAAAAUCCCACCUCUACAGAAAUCCAAGAUGUAUGUGCAGCAGUUGGAUUCAAUGUGCUGUUAGAGAAAAAUAAGAUGUAUCCUAGAGAGUGGAACAGAGAUGUGCAGUACAGAGGUAGAGUACGAAUCCAGCUCAAACAAGAUGAUGGCAACCCAUGUUUACCUCAGUUUCCAACCCGUAAAUCAGUGAUGCUAUAUGCUGCAGAAACCAUUCCCAAACUGAAAACAAGAACCCAAAAGAUGGGAGGUAGUGAUCAAAGCCUUCAGCAAGGAGAGGGAGGCAAGAAAGGUAAAGGGAAGAAAAAGAAAUGAGCUCACAUCUGGAAUAAUUGUUACUUCACAUAGUUAUACUUGCAACAAAUGUGGAUGGACACAUUACUUGCUGCAACUUUGAAGUGAAAGAUACAAGCAAGAAAUGAAAGAUGAAGCUGAAUAGAACUGUCUGCUUUUCUCAGAACUGGAAUGCAUGUAGCUGCCUCACAUCUGUAACAAUAAAUCUGUCUUCACACACGACCUGCAAGUUUGAAGCUAGCACCCACUUCUAAAAGUGGAAGAACAUAAGCAAAUGGGGUGGGUGGGAGAAUUACUCUUUCCAGAAGAAAUAUGCAGCUUUUGAUAAAUAAAUAAAUAUUCUUAUGCAGACUAGAUAUCUGAAAACUGGUUGCCUUAGUAAGCCAUCUAUCGAUGCUAGUGAAGUGAUUGUCUUAAUUCUGGAGGGUCUUUAUCACUAACAGAAAAAUGUAAAUCAGUGAAGUUAUGGCUCUAAACUCUUGCUGAUAAUCUUUCACCACUGUCAAGUGUACUAAUAAAGGUGACAUGGUAAUUUUUAAAAAAAUCAUGAAA